CUGCUGGGAACGCAAAGCCGACGCCAAUGGUUUCAAUGACGGAAAAAGGGAGGAGGAGGAGCGAUGCACAGUAUAAAAAUUGGAAAAUUGACAGAGAAAGAAAGUGGAGUCUUUUGACUGAGCCCAGCCGGCAAAAGCCGUCUAAGAGACCAUAAUGCUCUUUUAAUUUCAUUAAUACGCGUUGAACUUUCAGCUGUUCUUCAAGCGAUACCUCCCAACCUUCUCUGUUAUUACGCUUCUGAUCCAUCCAUUUCCUUACUCUCAAUUUGAAGCUCUACGAGUUUGCGGCUCUUGCUGCGGUGUUAUUGGAGGGUUGCGUGUUUGAUUGAAGUCAGUGGCCUUAGAAUUUGCUCAGUUUGAAGUUUUCAAAGACUUGGAUAGAGCGUGAAUUUUUAGAUUCAUGGUCAGUGCUUUGACGGACGGUCAUAACAUGAUCUGGGCAUGAGCAUAUGAGGAGAAGUCCCAUUUUUUCUUUUGGACAAAUAGAAUCAGUUUGCAGCUGUGUAUGGAUCGUUAUGAAGGUCUUGAUCGAACGAGAAACUUUGGCUUGCGAGCACUUGAGCUUUUCUUUUGAAGGGUGAGAUAGUUGUAAAUUAGCUAAGUGCAACAUGGGCUGCAUCAGUUCCAAGACAUCAGCCGUGGAAGACGGCCGAGAGGAUUUGACAAAGAAAUCUUUAUCUAGCAAGAGAGGGUCAGAGCUACGUGUUUCACGAUUGAAUUCCUCUAAAAGAAACGAGGGGGUUUGGGCAGCAGAUAAGUUGGAAGGAAGUGAUGUGAAGAUUUCAUUGAUUGACAAGAAAACCAAUGGCCCAUUUCAGUUGUAUGAUGAUCAAACGGGGAAUAAGGAAAUAGAGAAGCCUGAAUUAACUAUCCUUAACAACCCUGGUCUUGGAAAGGUCCCAAAGGCUGCAGAAGGAGAGCAAGUUGCAGCAGGAUGGCCGAGUUGGCUUUCUUCUGUGGCUGGUGAAGCUAUCAAGGGAUGGAUACCUCGAAGUGCCAAUACUUUUGAGAGGUUAAAUAAAAUUGGCCAAGGAACUUACAGUACUGUUUAUAAAGCACGUGAUGUGACUCACCAAAAGAUUGUUGCUUUGAAGAGAGUUCGGUUUGAUAACCUUGAUCCUGAGAGUGUAAAGUUUAUGGCAAGGGAAAUCCUCCUUCUGCGUAGACUUGACCAUCCAAAUAUUAUCAAGUUGGAAGGCUUGAUAACAUCUCAGACCUCUCGCAGCUUGUACCUCAUUUUUGAGUAUAUGGAGCACGAUCUUUCUGGACUAGCAUCACGUCCUGGCAUCAAGUUUUCUGAACCACAGGUUAAGUGCUACAUGCAACAACUUCUUCGUGGGUUGGAUCAUUGUCAUAGUCGGGGCGUCCUCCACCGUGACAUAAAGGGCUCAAAUCUUCUCAUUGACAACAAUGGCAUCUUAAAAAUUGCAGAUUUUGGUUUGGCAAGUUUCUUUAACCCCAAUCAUAGUGUUCCAUUGACCAGUCGUGUAGUCACUCUCUGGUAUAGACCACCAGAACUUUUACUCGGAGCAUCUCAUUAUGGAGUCGCGGUAGAUUUAUGGAGCACUGGUUGCAUACUUGGGGAACUGUUUACUGGCAGGCCUAUAUUGCCAGGAAAAACAGAGGUUGAGCAACUGCACAGGAUUUUCAAGCUUUGUGGAUCACCAUCUGAGGACUAUUGGCUAAAACAGCGAUUGCCACAUGCUGCAGUAUUCAAGCCCCCGCACCGAUACAGACGAAGUAUUACAGAAACAUUUAAAGAAUAUCCAUCUGCUUCAGUGAGGCUUAUUGAGACACUACUUUCUAUAGAUCCCGCACAACGAGGGACAGCAGAAAGUGCUCUGAAAAGUGAGUUCUUCUCUACAGAGCCCCUUGCUUGUGAUCCAUCAAGUUUACCAAAGUAUCCUCCCAGCAAAGAGAUUGAUUCUAAAUUACGGGAUGAAGAAACCAGAAGGCAAGGAGCUAUGCCGAAAGUUGGCUCAGGAGUUAGACAAGAAAAGGAACGUGGGGUAACUAUUCCAUCAAAGCACAAUGUUGAUCCACGCAUAUCAACACAGCAAGGACAUCAUUCCAAUUCAAAGAGCCGAAGUGAAGUGUUUAAUAAAACCCACAGAGAACCUGUUUCUGGAUUUUUGGUUUAUCCCUCACAAAAGCAGUCACAUGAGAAAGAGAUGGAAAAUAAUUUCAGUGGGAAUCUUAAUAAGAGGCCUUCACAUUCAGGUCCAUUGGUUCCGGGUAUUCAAUGGGCAAGGGUUGGAAAGGAGGUUGAUGAAGGGCCUCUGGGUUCAAACAGAAUCAACUUGUCAAAAGUAUCUGGCUUAGUUGCCUCGAGGACUUCAUCAUCUGAAGAUCAGGAGGAAAAACCAAUUUCAUUGCUGCCUAGGAAAACAAUUGAAGUUAAAAAAUCUGUGGAGUCAACCAAUGGAUCAGAUUCAAGAAGGCAUGAUAGGAAACGCCAGUCCCCACGAAUUGUGGAUCUCAGUCAGAUAGAAAAUGCAAGAGGCUCCACUCAAGAAUUAACUCCGGGAGGCCGAGGAUACAUGGAAAACAAGAUCUAUCUCUCCGGUCCACUACUAGCUUCUUCAAACAUGGAUCAGAUGCUUAAAGAUCAUGAUCGAAAGAUCCAAGAAUUUUCAAGACGCUCACGAAUUGACAAAUCAAGAGGCAGGAAAAUUCGUGCGCAGAGAAAGUAGGCACCGGUUAGUUAGUUAUUCACUUGUUACCAAUUCUGUAGCAGAACGCAUAAUUUAAUGACUAUAUUAUCUGUCAGCAUUAUACAGCAGAGAGCUUUACAGUAAUGUUUAAUCAUGUAAACUGAAGGCAUCUAUGAGAAGAAAUUGAUGCUCCUUCCACUACUCACAUUUCUCCAAUACAUACAUAACAAGCCAAUUUUGAAGCAACAAAUGAUCUUUGAUGCUUCCUAUA